AACGAGCGAUUUCAUUGGCGCAUAGAGCAAUUCAAGAUGGCGGCGCCCUUGACAGCAAUGAUUUGUAAACGUGCCUUCUCAUUGCUGAGUUACAGAUCUCAAAGGAUUUUAUUAAGCCGAAGAAGACACUAUUCUGAUACUCCGUGCACGACUGAAGGAGAAAUUUCAAAAAAUGUAGAAACUGAGACCGACAAAAGCUCUCCAGGAGGUUCCAAACUCACAGGUUUUGCUGAGGCGUUUGUCAGACACGCGCAUGUGAGCGACGCCGAACCUUCGGGGGAUGUUCGCAGCACGCUCCCGGACGAUGACCACCUCUCCUUUGAAGAAUUAUUCAGGAACUCGACACAUGUUCAUCUUGGUGCCGCUCCCAAUCAGAUUGUGUAUGGAAAUGUAUUUCACAUUGUUGAAGACGAUUUGUACAUUGACUUUGGAGGAAAAUUCCAUUGUGUUUGUAAAAGGCCAGCAGAGAAUUCAGAAAAAUAUCACAGGGGUGCUCGUGUUCGAUUGAGAUUGAAAGACUUGGAAUUGACUGAUCAUUUUGUAGGUGCUUCAAGAGAUCUGACACUGCUUGAGGCUGAUGCAGAGCUUUUAGGACUGGCAAAGCAAUAAUUGAAGUGAAUUUUCCCCCUGCUAUGUUCAGUGUUAAUUAUUUGCUUUAAAACUUAUAUGGGUCAAAUUUAAGAGCAGAAGUUGAAGUUUCAUGUAGGCCUACAUCUUUGUAAGUUCAUUCACAAAAAAAAUCAAUUUCUGCCUAUGAUGCAAAUAUAUAUAUUA